GAAACCCCGGGUUUUAAGUUGGCAGCGCCGAAUAUUAGAUCAGAAGUGAAGAGUUUUUCGUGGCUCCGGUGCUGCUUCCCUCCCUCUGAUUUUUCUUUUUUUCUGUCUCAUCAGGACACUUGUUCAACUUUGGGUGAUGCCGGACACUCAGUGCUCGAUCUAAAAGGAUGCAAAGAAUAGAAUAUUUUUUAAAGAUGUUUUCCCUGCAAAUAUUGUUAAUCUCGUUGAAAGCGCUGGAAUAUGCUUGAGAGUGAUUUGCUGUCCUUUGAUUAAUUCAGACUCUGUGAAGUCCAUGGAAAAAGCUGUCUAAAACAGUCUCUUCCCUAAAAAGAGAGAGACAUACUGCAAUCUGACUUGUGAAUCCUACUGAUAUUCCUCUUUUUUCAGCUUUUUCAAGAACCAGAUCCUAAUUUACUGGCCUGCCAGACAGAAGGAGUCUGCAGAGACUAAUGCUUUACCUGAUCAAAGACACCCUUCUUAAAGGUGGCAUUUGAAUUCAGGUGAUGCAUGUGGGUCAGUGGCUCUCCCCCCCUUCUCUUUGUCCCACCUAGGCUCUUAUUAGUUGUCUUUCUUUAUGCCAUACAGCGCAGUGGCUGUUGAAGAGGCUGGCCAGGGCAUCUCUGAGCCCAGAGGCAAGAGUUUUUACUGAAGUGCAAGCUGGUUUAGGGGUGCAUGCAACUGCAAAGGUGUCUAUAACUCUGCUGGGGUUCCGGUAUGCCUGUGUGGAGGAAGUGCUGAAGGAUCAGGCUGGUAAAUUUUGCUCAUGUGCCUUUGGGAUUGGGGUACAGAAGUGCUUGUUCACUUGUAGACCCUUGAGGAAGGAGCCUCGGUUUGCCUGAGGGUCAGCUGGCCAGGAGAUGAUGACCUAAAGUUGGUUAGAUAGCCAGGUGAACUUUGAGUGGCUCAGGAGCAAAUGCAAAAUGAGCAGCAGAGGACAGUGCAGAAGACGCAGUGGGCUCUCAGUCUGACCCACGAGGAUUUGAAGAUGUCUGCGUGCAGUGACUUUGUGGAACACAUUUGGAAGCCAGGCUCCUGCAAAAACUGCUUCAACCCGAAGAGUUCCCAUCGGCUGCAAACAACCCCAGACACGGGAGCCUGUGGCGUGCUCCCGAAUGGAGUUAGGACCAAGCCUGAGAGCCUCGCGUUUGACGACGAAGGUGUAAAUACUUCCCCUUUCUCAAAGCCAACAAUUGCUGUGAAGCCAACGAUGAUAAACUCGGAUGUUUCUGACGCGUGGGCGGAUGUGAAUAUGAAUGCAGAUCUGUCACAGGUCAGCUGGGGCGUGGUUUCUGGCAAGCAGCUCCUUCUGAAAUCAGGAGAUGCAGAGCGGAUCUGCCUUGACAAUUUUGGCAACGGUGGUGUGAGAAAGCCCUUCCUUCACAACCUGCCCAGCGACUGCUUGUCUUGCUGUCCUCCUAGCUACUCCAUGGUGGGUCUGCGCAGCCUGGAAAGUCGAGUGGAGAGAAAUGUCUCCAUCCACAGCCUGGUACUUGUGGGUGAGGUGGGCAAGCAGGAGGACAGAGCCAAAGACAAGUUUGCCCUGCCUCAUCGGGCCCCCUGCCCUAAUCCAUCUGCACUGGGGGACAGAAGCACCACUAAUUCCAGCAGAAACCCUUCUUCCCAAGCCAGAGAAGGAGCAGUGCUCCUUUCAGAGGGUGACUGUGGUCACAUCUCCUCUGGCUUUGAAAGCGAAGGGGGCGAGUACUGUUCAAUCACAAACUGCCACAGAGAGCACUCCGUCUCAUGGGAGUCGUGUUGCACGGAGGGGAAGGCUGCACGCUGCGAGAAGGAGAGUCACACUCCCUGCAGAUGGAAGCAGCGGGAUGCUCCCGAGAUUCCUAGACCAAGUGGUCGGGCAGUCAAGUUCAGCGAAGAGGAGCGCAGAGCUGUGAAUGUGGCCUUCUGUAUCACAAAAGACCAUGGUGAUCCUCUCCCCUAUGCCCUGUGUUCAGAGAGGAAAAAGCUGUCUCUCCACACUGAGCCUGCUGCCCUCCCUGAGAGCACAGGGAGCAGCAGGGCAGCUGCCUUUGCUUUGUCCCGGGAGGAUAAGGACUCGCCUCUCCCUGUGGAGCCCUCUGUCACUGGAGGUCCUCAGACUGAGGGUUUGGGCACCCCUCAACAGGCUCUGGUGGAGCCACAGCACCCUUGCCUCACCGAGCCAGCCUGCGGUGAUCCAAUCUAUGCCGAGAGCACCAAGAGGAGGAAGGCACAGCUGAAGGCUCUCAGUGGGCAGGCAAAAGCAGAGAAGCUGGCCCACGGCGCUGUCAAGGAGCAAGCUGAUGGGUCAUGGAGGGAUGGUGGCUGGACUUUGGGGGGUGAGAAGGAAUAUCAGGACUCCACUGGCCAGGUGGCGGCAAAGAUAACUGUAAUGACGGCGCACACUGAGGAUGAUCACAAGACAAUAUUCCUCAGCAGCCCCGACUCAGCAGUAGGAGUUCAGUGGCCGUGUAUCAGCCCCACUUCCCACCCCGAUUUUGGGACGUCAUCGCCUGCCAUUGAGCCUGGACAGAUUUUUCAAGCAUCUGGAAGUGAAAACAGUCCAAGAUUUCAUCUGGGAGCUCCUGCCAAGACCUCACUUAGUGACAGUCCAGCCAUUCCCCCAAAGAUGUCCAAAAACAGCCAGCCAGGUAGUGAGGGGAACUGUGUGCUGCCAGUGAGCUCCCAUGUGGCGAGGUUUGGUGAUGACAACAGCCAUGAUGGGGCUGGUGUUCAGCUGCUGCCGAGGAGCUGCACUGGUACAGGUGCCUUUGGGGCAUCCCCUUCUCCGUGCACUCAUGUGAAUGGGGUCUCUGUGGAAGAGUCCAGUAGAGGCCUGGCAGGCUCAUCCUGUGACAGGAGGCAGAAAUACUACACCCCAACAUGGACCAAGCAGUGCCGAAUAGAGGAGGAGGAGGAGCAGGAAGAGGACCAGGAGCUCUUAACUCACCCAUGGGCAGUAGGAGCUGAGAAUGGAAAAGCUGGUACCGACCUUGUGGAUGAUGGCCUGAUGCUGGAGAACCAGGCUGGGAUCACCAAAUCAUCUUCUUUCUCCUUUGAUUUCCCUAAAGACAAGAGUAAUGGUAUGGAGUUUGCACCACCGCCGCCGCCGCCAAAAAAGCAGUCCAGGCACACUCUGAAAAUGAACCCAAGUAACACUGAGUUGGAGAGGGUCAGCAACAGCUCUGCUGAGAGCCUCAGCCCACCUUUCCAGAGCGUCCAUGUCAGCUUCACAGCUGGCUCCAGCGACAGCCUUGACUCCGACACACAGACCGGGAGUGAUGGGAGGCAUUCGUCUGAGCCGAGCCAUUCACCCCCUCCAGCUGAGAGCCAGGUGUUUCCCCCUGUCCCUUUCCUUCCCGUCUCCAGUGAGGAUGGUCCCUCCUCUGCCCCCAGCUGCCCGCCCCCCCUGCCCCAGAAGAAGACGGUGAUCAGAACAGUGUCCUCUCCAGAUGGCUUUUUUGGGGGACAGGCAUCUUCAGGCAAAGCAGCCGGUGCUGCCAGCCCCAGGCUGAAUGUCAGCCACUCCGAGAGCAAUGUCUGCCUCCGAGAAGAGCCUCCCUUCAUCCACCCAGCCAGCCUGGGGGGUCGCCCCGGCGCCUUCUCCUCCUCCGAGUCCCUGGAGAAAGGCUCCAAAGGAAACAGCUAUUGGGGCUCAACCAGUGGUAAGAGCACAGGGGCUUGUGUCCCCAGCAGAAACCUCCAGUCCCUUUCCUCCUCGCAGCUCAGUGUGUCCAGCCAGGUGUCAUCGGCCUCCAGCCUCCACAACCUCCUGAGCAACAUCGACAGCAAGGAGGGGGUGUACACCAAGCUGGGGGCCCUGUACGCUGAGUCCUUGCGCCGCCUGGUUGCCAAAUGUGAGGAUUGCUUCAUGCGGGAGCAGAAGAAUGAGCUGCACUUCAGUGAGAACAACUGGUCACUCUUCAAGCUGACCUGCAACAAGCCCUGUUGUGAUUCAGGGGAUGCGAUAUAUUACUGUGCCACUUGUUCCAAGGACCCUUCUACUACCUACGCUGUGAAGAUUUGUAAAACCCAAGAGUCAAAGGUGGCUGCUUCAUACUGCAGCCCUGCUGUGCCAGUCCACUUCAACAUCCAGCAGGACUGUGGUCAUUUCGUGGCCUCCGUCCCCUCCAGCAUGUUGCUGGCCUCAGAUGUGGGGAAAAGCAUGCCUGGGGAUGGCCUCUAUCCGUCCCGCACUGCCAGUGAGCACGACUGUGUGGUGGUCAUUACCCGCGAGGUGCCGAGCCAGACCACUGCCGACUUUGUGAGGGACUCAGUGAUGUUGCACCAAGCCAAGCCUGAGCUCUAUGAACGUCGCGUUUGCUUCUUGCUCCUCCAGCUCUGCAAUGGCCUGGAGCAUCUCAAAGAGCAUGGCAUCAUCCAUCGUGACCUAUGCCUGGAGAACCUCCUGCUUGUUCCCUGCAAGCCUCCCAUGAGCUAUGUAAAAGCCAAAGAUGACAAACACUUACCCCGCCUCAUCAUCAGCAAUUUUUUGAAAGCUAAACAGAAGACUGGAACUGGAGACUCCAAAUUGAAGAAGAGUCAGGCCCGACUGGCCCCAGAAAUUGUGUCAGCUUCUCAGUACAAGAAAUUUGAUGAGUUUCAGACUGGUAUUCUCAUCUACGAACUGCUGCACCAGCCCAACCCUUUUGAGGAGAAGGUGCACCUCAGGGAGCAGGAGUACAGCCCUGAGGACCUCCCUGCUCUACCCAGCCUGUCCAUCUACUCCCGGGGACUCCAGCAGCUGGCCCACCUGCUACUGGAAGCAGACCCCAUCAAGCGUGUGCGGAUCACCGAGGCCAAGCGGAUGCUGCAGUGUCUGCUUUGGGGACCCCGAAAAGACCUCAUGGAGCAGCCCCUCAGCCAUGAAGAAACCCUCCGCCAGGUGCUUCAGAACUGGGUGGACAUGAAGCGUGCCCUGCUCAUGAUGAAGUUUGCAGAGAGGGCCGUGGACACAGAGCGGAGCAUUGAACUGGAGGACUGGCUGUGCUGCCAGUACUUGGCAUCUGCUGAGCCGGCUUCCCUCUUACACACAUUAAAACUGCUGCAGCUGCUCUGACCUUGGAUGUGUCUCGGAGGCAGCUGAGGGCUCCUGGUUGCCUUGCAGCUAAAGGUACACAGCCCCUUUAUAUGUGAGAGGUUGGAAUCUCAGCAGCAAAUGCAUGUUCAUCUCCUGCCCUGCACUGCAGUCAGAGUGCACCAGACACGUUUAGUAUCCUCAGCACUGUUAGUUUGUGAGCAGGCAAAACUGGGAACCUACCCCAAUUUUGGAGGAUUUUCUGUUUUGGGGGUUUUUUUGUUGUUGUUGUUUGUUUUGGGUUUUUUUUUCUGGUAUGUUAAAUGUGGACUAAUAAACCCCUGCCUGCAUGUGUGCAUGUUUCUAA